CAAACCGGGGGUCGGGAGCGGGUGGUCGGGUUCGCUGCCGGCCUCAGGGUCCCCCACGGUUGGCGUGCGGCAGCUCGAGCUCAGGGCCUGUGGGCGCUGCAGGGCCAAGCGCGUUUGUAAGUAGGGCAGCGGCCUCUGCAGCGUGAUCCUGAAGCGUUCUGGAGCUGGUCGGGGGUUGCUGACACAAAGUGCGGCGAAAUACAGGCUGUUUCAGAUGAAGAUAACCGGCGGCCAGCAGUUUUGAGAAGGGAUAGCAUAAUGUGAGGCACUUCUCCGAAGUCAUAGAUUCACAGAAUGAUUUGGGUUGGAAGGGACCUUAAAGAUUAUCUAGUUGCAAGCUCUGACAUGAGUAGGAACACCUUCCACUAGACCUCAAAUCCUAUCUGAAGGACGGCACAUACCUGGGCCAUGCCAAGUGCAGGUGUUGGAGAAGUGGCACGCAGUUCCCAAUGUUCGGCCCCACCUGCUUACAGGUUGUGCUGCCAUCUGGAGUUUUUGAUGCUGAAUCACUAAUAAUAGGAGCAUUCAGUUAUCGUAGCUCAUUAAGUUCAUUAACGUAGAUCUUUUAAUUAUGAGACGAGUCAGGAAUCCUGUGAAAUACAGAAAACUUAUUGUAAAACAUAUUUGAAUGGGCAGCAUUCUUUAAAAAUAGAUUGCACUCUGGAUAAAAGCCAGGAAAUUAGAGCACAGUUAUAUAAUGCAUUGUACACAGAAGAAACAUUUUUCAGAAAAGGAAAUACAAGGUACCUGUUUGUAUUGAGUUGUGAUUAUGCUGCAAAAAAAUCCCCCGCAACCUCAUAAAAAGACUAUAUACAAGAAUACCUUUAUGCAGGGGACAUUGGUUUGUUGGUUUCAAUAUACCAGAAUGACAGCAACACUAUGGAUAUUACUAAAAAAAUACAAAUUUCAAUAGCCAUUUUUAAUUAUUUUUUUACUAAUAAUUGUUGAUGUUAGUAUAGCUUAACAGGCAUUAUUCACUUAAGAGGACCCAGACUAAUGUGCUACUUCUGUUUUUCAGUCUGUUGGAUUCUUGCAAGUACUAAAGUGCUCAGAAGCAGGAUUUCUGGUGUGCACCAUGGCAGAUCUGUGCUGGAAGCUGUUCAUCUGCUUCUUUUGCUGUCAAGUUGUCUCAGGAAGAGUUAAGAGGGAGGGGCAUUAUAUUGCUGCUGUGUAUGAACAUGAGUCCAUACUGAGUCCUAACCCAACAGCCCUGGUUGAUCGACAGUCUGCACUGGAGCUCAUGGGCAGGAACCUAGACAUCUAUGAACAGCAAGCAGUGGCUGCUGCAAGACAGGGGGCACAGAUCAUUGUUUUUCCUGAAGAUGGAAUCCAUGGCUUCAAUUUCACCCGAAGUUCCAUUUAUCCCUACUUAGAUUUCGUUCUGCAUUCACAGUCUGUGAAGUGGAAUCCGUGCAGAGAGCCGUAUUUGUUCAAUGACACGGAGGUUCUUCAGCGUCUGAGCUGCAUGGCAAUGAAGAACAAAAUAUUCCUUGUGGCAAACUUAGGAACUAAGCAGCCGUGUGAGCACACAGAUCCUCACUGUCCCUCUGAUGGAAGAUACCAGUUCAAUACGAAUGUGGCAUUCAAUGCUGAUGGCAUUUUAGUAGCCACAUACCGCAAACACAAUCUGUACUUUGAAUACGCUUUUGAUACCCCACCAGAACCUGACUAUAAAUUCUUUGAUACCCCUUUUGCUGGCAAGUUUGGUAUGUUCACUUGCUUUGAUAUACUUUUUUUUGAGCCUGCAGUGAACCUCAUCAGACAAUACAAUUUGAAACAAAUUGUAUAUCCAACUGCAUGGAUGAACCAGCUCCCACUCCUGUCUGCUGUAGAAUUUCAACAAGCUUUUGCAACAGCUUUCAACAUCAAUAUUUUAGCAGCUAAUAUCCACCACCCUACCUUGGGCAUGACAGGGAGUGGCAUAUAUACUCCAGUCAAAUCGUUCAUCUACCACAACAUGGAAAGUUAUGGUGGCAAGCUCAUAGUAGCAGAAAUUCCUGUGACUACCACAGAUUAUAAAACCAAUGUGGAGAGUAAUGAGAGAGUCAGAGAAAACUUGCAUCAUUCAUGCAAGACUUCUAUAGGCACCUCACUGGAUGAUCAAGUUUGCUUUAAGGAAGGAGAAGAGACCCACAGCAAAGUGUUGGAAAAAGGAAACGAACAAUUCCUUCCUGUAUUUUAUUCAGAAAUGAUGUAUGACAACUUUACUUUUGUUCCUGUAUGGGGGGAAAAAGGAGAGCUCCAAGUUUGUGCCAAUACCCUUUGCUGUUACUUAAACUAUACGAGAGCUGUUUUAACCGAUGAAUUAUAUGCUCUGGGAGUUUUUGAUGGGCUCCAUACAGUGCAUGGCACAUACUAUGUCCAGGCCUGUGCGUUAGUAAAGUGUGGUGGUCUCAACUUCAGCACUUGUGGAGAGGAGGUUACACAUGCCACUGCUCUGAUAGAUUUCCAGCUAUGGGGAAAUAUGAGUACCCCUUACAUCUUUCCUUUACUGCUGACAUCUGGUAUUACCUUGGACUUUGCUGAUCACAUGGGCUGGAAAAACAACCACUAUUUCAUAAGCAAAAAUAGAACAUCUUUUGGCCUACUGACAGCUGCUCUAUAUGGACGAUGGUAUGAAAAGGACUAACAGAGAUACUUGAUUGAAUCAGAAAACAACUGCCUGUAUGCUGAGAGCAUAUAUCUUAAGUUGUUGGACAUCUGUACUUCCUAAAGCUUCAGGUGUGUUUGUACAUGACUACUGAUUGGAUUUCACAUUUGAAAUGAUAAGUGAAGCACUUAACCUAAGAGGCUGUGUUAUCUGUACCUUGGUACGUUAAGUCCUACCAGAAGUAAAAGAACUGCCUUGUGAGG